AAGAUGGGCUGGGCUGGUUAGUACGCAGAGUGGGAGAUAAAUAUGUGGAUAGAAGGAGAUGAGGUGGCAGAUACUUCAAAUCUUUUGCAGCCUCCUCAUUGGCUGCUUCCCCCUUCAACAUCACGCUCCUCUCUGGCUCUCUCCUCGCCUCCUUCCUCCACCACUUGUUUACCCACCUUUGAUUCUCCAUUUCCCAUCUCAUAUAAACACAGUCUCUACACAGUUCCAUUCCACGGCUGAAGAUCUCUCUCUCUCUUUUACUCUCUGUCGAGAGGAACUUCACGUGGUGGCAAACACAGAGCAAGAGCCUCGUUUUGAAACAUGGCUGCUUCCACAAUUAUGGCUGCAUCCAGAACGGUGCUGAACCCAUCUCCAUUUCUAGGACAGAGGGGCCAAAACGCAAACCCUUUCAGAGAUGUAGUCUCCAUGGGGAAUGCCAAGUACAUCAUGGGAAAUGAUCUGUGGUAUGGACCUGACAGAGUGAAAUACUUGGGACCUUUCUCAGCUCAGACCCCUUCCUAUCUUACUGGUGAAUUCCCAGGUGAUUAUGGCUGGGACACUGCUGGUUUGUCUGCUGAUCCAGAAGCCUUCGCCAGAAACAGGGCUCUUGAGGUUAUCCAUGGAAGGUGGGCGAUGCUUGGAGCCUUGGGCUGCAUCACGCCAGAGGUCCUGGAAAAAUGGGUGAGCGUGGACUUCAAGGAGCCAGUAUGGUUCAAGGCGGGAGCCCAAAUCUUCUCAGAAGGAGGGUUGGAUUACCUGGGAAACCCGAACCUGGUCCACGCUCAGAGUAUCCUUGCUGUGCUAGGAUUCCAGGUCGUCCUGAUGGGACUCGUGGAAGGAUUUCGCAUCAAUGGCCUGCCUGGAGUUGGAGAAGGCAACGAGCUUUACCCCGGUGGUCAGUACUUCGACCCGCUGGGGCUCGCUGACGACCCGGUCACCUUCGCGGAGCUCAAGGUGAAGGAGAUCAAGAAUGGCAGGCUUGCCAUGUUCUCCAUGUUUGGUUUCUUUGUUCAGGCUAUUGUCACUGGGAAGGGUCCCUUGGAGAAUUUGUUGGACCAUCUUGAUGAUCCUGUUGCCAACAAUGCCUGGGUCUUUGCCACCAAAUUUGUCCCUGGAUCGUGAAGAUAAUGCCCUAGAAUUUGAUUCCCCUGCCACUUGUAGAUUUUUAAGGAACUUUUACUACCAUUUGUGUGUAACCUUUGCAUAUGGAGGUUUAAUGUAAAUUGAAACAACCUCUCUGCCUAUGCCUUUUCUUCUUCAUGUGCAGUAUUUGAAAACAAAUAUGGAGAUUGAGAGGUGGUUUGGACAGUGAAGUAUCCUUUUUUCUUGUUGCAAAAUGAUGAAUUCUGGAACAAUCACAAUCCCUGAACCAAACAAGCCCCUGAAGCAUCAAACAAAAGGGAUUUACAGGGUGGAUGAAGUCCAAACCAAAUGACAGGGAAUAUGGAAACUUUUCAUCUUUCAUUCAGUAACAGAGUUAUGAGCCGCACCAUGUUUUCUUUACAUUACAAUUUAGAACGCAGGAUAUACAGAGAAUAACCUUGGAUUAUAACA